AACACCAUUUCCAUGCAACUCUGCUGUUUAUUGUCUCGGUGCUAAGCAACCUAAGAUCUCGCCUUUCGUGCUCCCACGUCAACCCCAACGUGCAACAACAAACUUUUAAAAUUACAAUUACAAUCCUGAUCGCCCAACGACACUUCCACCGGCGGCGGCGGCGAUCUCGCCCUCCGGCACCUCCGUCUUCUUCUGGGUUCCUCGCUGUUUGAUAAGCGGCAAUUCGGGUCCGAAGGAUUGGGCGGAUAGUAGAUCUUUUAAAUUUGGAUCCCAUCCUCAUGGUUCACAAAUCCGUACUCAUAUCAUUCCUUUUCAACUUCCUGUUCUUCGGGUAUGCGGAUCCCGGUGGGAAUUGCGGCCGGAACAGCCCACUUGUCGAUUUGGAGUCCGAGUUCAAAAUGGUUCAGCACCAGCUGAGAGGGUAUGUGAAAAUCAUUGAUGAUUGUUCAUUUAGGGUUUCACAAUUCGAUAUGCUUUCUGGGUCCGAUGUCCAUUGGUGGGGUGCAACCGAUUCUGAUUUCGACAACCUCACUGCGGGAUUCAUUGUGUCUGAUCAUAAAUUGAACGAUACUUACAAGAAUGCUAGCUUUGUCGUGCGUUUGAUGGAGAAUAUUACAUGGGAUAUGAUCCAGGUCCUGGCUGUGUGGGAUAUCCCCACUGCCUCGGAUUUUGGGCAUGUCAUGCUUGGGGAGUUGAUGAAUGGUACUGCGAUUUCUCCCAGUCCUAGUUUGGCUCCUUCGCCUUCAAGCAACGCUGGUCGUGGGGCGGACAGAGGUCGUAAUCACACGGAGCCAACUAUGUUUGAGAACUGUAAGGUGUUAUCAAAGGCUUUCAGAGUUAGGUGGACGCUAAACGUUAAGGAGGAUUUUGUUGAUAUUGGGUUGGAGGCCGCUACUGGAAUUCUAAAUUACAUGGCAUUUGGUUGGGCAGACCCGAAUUCUUCUAGUUCUGAACUCAUGAUUGGAGCUGAUGUGGUUGUGACAGGGUUUAAGGAAGAUGGUUUGCCACUUGUAGAUGACUUUUACAUUACCAAGUACAGUGAGUGUAUGAACAAGAGCGAUGGAUUGCCGGAAGGGGUUUGUCCUGAUUCAGUUUAUGAAGCGUCAGAAGGGGUUUCUUCAGAAAACAACACAAAGUUAAUUUAUGGGCAUAGGAAGGAUGGGGUCUCAUUUGUUCGAUAUCGGAGGCCAUUGAGUAAGGUGCAAGAAAAGUAUGAUCACCCAGUGAACCAUACAGCAAAUAUGACAGUGAUUUGGGCUUUGGGGUUGAUUAAACCUCCUGACUCUUUUUGGCCUUACUAUCUUCCUCAAAAUCAUGGGGGACCACCAUUUGAGACAUAUGGGCAUUUGGUGUUGAAUGUGUCACAGCAUUUGAAUGACUGUCUAGGUCCUAUUGAUGCAGAAGAUAAGGAAGAUCAAGAUAUUAUCAUUGCAGAUGCAAAAGUUCCAUUGGUAGUUUCAUCUGGCCCCGCAUUACAUUACCCAAACCCUCCAAAUCCAGCUAAAGUUCUUUACAUCAACAAAAAGGAAGCUCCUGUCUUAAGAGUGGAGAGAGGGAUGCCAGUUAAGUUUUCAAUACAAGCUGGGCAUGAUGUUGCACUUUAUAUCACAUCAGAUCCAAUUGGUGGAAAUGCAACCUUGAGGAAUUUGACCGAGACCAUUUAUUUUGGAGGCCCUGAAGCCGAAGGAGUUCAAGCCAGUCCCAAAGAGUUAGAUUGGGUUCCUGACAGGAACACUCCUGAUCAUAUCUACUAUCAUUCAUUGUUUGAACAGAAGAUGGGUUGGAAAGUGGAGGUAGUUGAUGGGGGCCUGUCAGACAUGUACAAUAGCAGUGUUGUUCUGGAUGAUCAACAGGUUACUUUCUUUUGGACAUUGGCAGAGGAUACAAUAUCUAUUGCAGCUCGUGCUGAGAAAAAAAGUGGAUAUCUUGCAAUAGGAUUUGGAACUGGAAUGGUAAAAAGUUACGCUUACGUAGGAUGGAUUGACGAAAAUGCUGUUGGUCGUGUAAACACUUAUUGGAUUGAUGGAAAGGAUGCCUCAAGUAUACAUCAAACGAAUGAGAAUUUGACAUAUGUCAGAUGCAAAACAGAAAAUGGCAUCAUUACUUUGGAAUUUACGCGUCCUUUGAAUCCAUCUUGUAAUCAAGGGGAUAGGCCAGAAUGUAAAAAUAUCAUUGAUCCCACCACUCCUCUUCACAUUGUUUGGGCAAUGGGUGCUUCAUGGGAUUAUGAACAUCUUAGCGAGAGGAAUAUGCAUUCUCUUACAAGCAGUAGGCCUAUCCGUGUACUACUGAUGCGUGGUUCUGCAGAAGCAGAGCAAGACUUGCUUCCUGUCCUAGCAGUGCAUGGGAUUAUGAUGUUUCUUGCAUGGGGUAUCUUGCUUCCUGGUGGUAUAUUGGCAGCCAGAUAUGCAAAGCAUCUUAAGGGUGAUUUAUGGUACAGGAUUCAUAUUUACAUGCAAUCCUCAGGGUUAGCUAUUAUUUUACUUGCCCUUCUCUUUGCUGUGGGAGAGCUGCAGGGUUUCUAUGUCAGCUCUUUACAUGUUAAAUUUGGCAUAGCUGCAAUGUUCUUGGCUUGUGUACAGCCAGUGAAUGCAUCCCUAAGGCCUCAAAAACCAGGAAACGGGGAGCAUUUGCCCAUUAAGAGGCUUAUUUGGGAGUACUUUCACAUAAUUGUUGGCAGAUCUGCUAUUGUCUUAGGGAUUGCUGCACUGUUUAGUGGGAUGAAGCAUCUCGGCCAGAGAUAUGGUGCUGAGAAUAUUCACGGACUCAAUUGGGCUUUGGCUAUUUGGUUCUUAACACUUGCACUUGUGCUUGCCUAUCUAGAGUACCGUGAAAAGGAGCUACGAAGGGAUCAUAUAUUUGGAAGAAGCAAUUGGGUGUUUGGUAAUCUCGAGUCAGACGAUUCUCUUGAUCUCUUGAGCACAAACAGGACAACUGCUGAGGAAGUUUUAGAUUCCUCUUCAAGAAUGGAAGUACAGUUAGAACCUUUGAGAAGAUAGAUGAUUGUCUGAUGGCAAGUUGCUGUUUUGAGCCAAGUUUGGCAUAUUCUUAUAUAAUCUGUGGCCUGACAGGAUCAUUCAUUUGCUUGGAGGCUUUUUCUUUCGAAAGCCGUUUUGAGGUACAGUUGGAGGCAAUGGAUCUUUUAGUCUUAGUUCAACAGAUUUUGUAUUGUGUGAAGAGUAGCAUUCCUACAAGUGGAUUUCCAAUAGAUAAUACAUCUUCAAUUAAAUAGAUUACAUUACUUUUCUUUCUAGUUGCUGCAAUUUUCUCUUCUUGGCACCCACUGUUUGAAAUUUCCCAUAUACUGUGGAGGUUGCAAGGGCUCUUCAUUUGCUUGGAGACUUAUUUAAAAAACAAAAAAGGAAAGAAGAGAAAAGGAAAGGAAAGAAAAAGAAAUCGAAAAAUAAAAAACUGUUGAGGCACAUGGGGAGGCAGAUGCUCUUUAGUCUCCGUUCUACCUAAUGUUGCAUCCUGUGCAGGGUAGAUUUCCAGCAUGCAUUUCCUAUAGCCAAUACUUCUUCAGAGAAACUGGUUAUAUGAUUUGUCUAGCCUAGCUGCCAGUCUUCUUUCCUUUCGUUUUCUUUUCCCCCCCAUAAAAAUAACAGAAAUUGCACUUUACAGAAAAGUGAAAAUUUUCUUGUGCAUCAUGGUAGUUCUUUAUGUUUAGUUUGAUAGUAUCCUAGCCGUACUUGAGGCAUGGAAAACAAUUCAGCAAACAGUAUUAUUGUAAACUGUGAGAUGCAGGAAGUAAAAUAUAAUAGCACACUAUUCUGAUCAACCUUGGUAACACUAGAUAUGAGAUCCAAUGCGAUUGCAUGAUGUCAUAUGCUAUCAAUUCCAGUGAAUACAAGAGCUAAACAAAAACAAUGUUUGGGGACCGAACCGCUGGGCAGAAUUUAUAUAUAUGAUUUGAUAUGUUAGAAUUGAUGGAAAUUUAUUACCUUCUUUUGCUGUGAAUUAUCCGGUGUUUCAGUUUAUCUAUUGCGACACCAUUGUGAAAGAUACAUGUGCUAACAAGUGAUUUUGUAUGCCUACAGAAUUUCUCUUAUAUACUUAAAUCCCAACAUUAUAUUUUAUCACUGAUCGAUGUGGCUAGCUUUGGCCUAGGUGGUUCACACUUGCAAAGAAACUAUUGCAUCCAAGGACUAAGGACCGAUGCCUCUAUAAUUUGGGCUCAAUGUAUGCCUGCAUUUGACAGGCGAAGGGCAUUGUAUUGGCUGACACGAGUUUUUAUGCCUCUUUCUGUGCCUAAUGACCAUGUCAUAAACAUUGUUUUGAGGGUUAAUACUAGAGCUAGUAGAACCAUAUUAUUA